AUGGCUAACCCGCCAGCCCCGCCACCGCCGCCGCCGCCCGGCUACUUCGAGCAGCGCCCCGCCAUCGUUGCCGCCAAGGUCGCCGCAGCCACGGCCUCCUCCGCCUCUACCUCUGCUCUAGCUUUAACCCCACCAAUACCCCCUUCCAUCUCCUUCACGGACACCAUCUCCGAUAUUAGCCCCUACAUCCCCAUAACCCUAGACAUUGCUGCUCACAACUACUACCAUUGGCGUCACCUCUUCGACGUCCACGUUGGGCGAUGCAAUCUUCGCUCUCACGUUGCCCACGACUCUCUUCCUCAACUUCAUGAUCCGCAAUGGGUCAAGGAUGAUCUCACCAUUAUUCAAUGGAUCUAUAUGCGAGUCUCCACAGAGAUCUUCAAUCUCAUCCACUGUGACGGUGCCUCCACCGCCGAUCUAUGGGCAGCCCUUCGUCGGCUCUUCCAGGACAACAUCAACACUCGCGCCAACAAUCUCCACACCGAGCUUCGGAAUACGGUUCAAGGUGAUUCACCAGUCGGCGUCUACUGCCAACGCCUCAAGGCGAUCGUGGAUGAACUCCGCGAACUUGGUGAUCCAAUCGACGAUCGCCACCUCAUCAACGUCCUCCUCGUCGGCCUCAGCGAGCGGUUCAAGAAGCAGGCCUCCUUCAACCCUAUGAUGCGUCCGCGUCCCUCCUUCGCCGAGGUUCGCUCGAUGCUCCAAUGGGCCGAUCGUGCCCUAACUACAAAGGACUCCCGUCCUCAGGUCUUCACUGCUUCUCCUCGCCCGCCUGCGUCGACACCGCCACCUCCACCAACAGCACCUCCUCAACCAUCCGGCUGGCGUCCAAGUCCAAACUACCGGGGCAAAAACCCGCCGCAGUUUCGCAUGGCGUCCGCUCCUACUCCGCCCUCGGCUCCACCAACUGCACCACCACCGCCCCUGGCUUCAUCAACUGCACCACCGCCGCCGCCCGGAUGGUGCCCAUCUCCUGAUCCAUGGACAGGGUUAGUCCAAGCGUGGCUUAUGCCCUCGUCCGCCCCUACGCCAUAUGGUGCCCCGCCUGCCUAUACCGGUGGCUGGCAGCCCGGUGCUCGCCCUCACACCGGCGAGCCCGUCCUCGCGCCCCGACAGCCGACGGCCGCGUACCACGCUGCUCCCGCCUACGUGCCACCGAUCUACAACACCAGUCCUUAUGCAUCCUAUGGCGCUCCAUCGUCCCCCUACAUGCUACAGUACAAUGAUGGUGCCUCUCCCUUUACGCCGAUGCCGGCCCUACUGCCGACGCCACCACACCCGCAAACUCCCAUGACUACACCGGCCUGUACUUCGACUCCGAGCUGGGACCAAGCUGCUUUUCUACAAGCCAUGAACAACUUUGUUGCACAAGGGAACUCAUGUACGGAUUGGAUUUUCGAUUCUGGUGCUUCUCGUCAUAUGUCUGCAUCGAGUAAUUUUCUUUCUUCUUGCACACCUUCACCUUUUCCCUCCAUUACUCUCGAUGAUGGAUCCUCUAUUCCUAUUUACUGUGUUGGUUAG